AUGGGCAAGGAUCGGCGCAAAUCCCGGAGUCGAAGCCGACGGCGGAAUGAUGACGAGGACGAAGACUUAUCUCCGGAGUCAAGGCUGAAACUAUUGGAGGUGGAAAAUACUACGCUGAAGGCGGAGAACCGGGAGUUGCGGAAGAAGCUUGUUGAAGCUUUGCGUCAAGGUGGAAACGGGGCUUCUGGCACUCGCACCAACUCAGACAAGAAGGAGGGCCGUGAGAAGGGUGGACAGCAAGUCGAAGAGCGGCGCGAAGCAAGGGAGGAGCCCGUGGUGACAUCAGACACCAAUGCUGUGCUUCUUGUCAACGCGCAGAUGGAGGCCUACAACGAGCCAAUCCCCAACAACAUUCCUCCGGAGAAGCGGCUGCCAAUGGUGGAGAAGAAGCUGAUGCGGUUUAUGGUCCAGUUUGACGACAAGGUUCAGAUCCUUGACCUCAAGUCAGGGCAGACCAUCAUCAAGGAUCGUAACCUCUUCAUCAAGCGGUACACGUGCGUCUUUCGGGAGUCUGGUGCCAAGCUUCAAGGGUCAUGCUUGAAGCGGUUCUACUUUGAUUCCGCAGGUCCAACAUAUUGCAUUGACUAUGAGAUGCACGAGAGCUUGGUGACUGCCAUGCCUGGCACACCUCCAGAUGGGAAGCUGGGCGUGCGUGAGCCGCGAACCGAAUACCUGAUUGUCCUCUACGAGGAGAAGGGUGGGAAGCUAACACGCAUGUGGUUGAGGCCUGAUAGCGAGAAGCUGGGCAGUGACCCAUACGCUGGAGAGGAUAUCCUUGCCGCGAGUGAGGCGUACAAACAGUUUGAGGCAAAACUGAAGGAAGUCACAGGCGGCAGAUUGGGAGAGCGCAUCUUCCACAACUACCAUGACAUCCCGAGCGUUGGCUGA